CGCCAGGAAGCCCAUUUUAUUCCAUUCUCUUUAUCUUGAGAUGUCCACCAGAAAUGUGCUAAAUGCCCAUUAAGCAUGCGACAAAAAGGUGAAAGGGGUACAAAAACAUGACAAAACAUAGUUAGGGGAGGAAUUCCAACAGACUUCAAAACUGUUUCCUUUGCUGCCAAAAAGGCUAAAUUACAUGUUUGGUCACUCAAAUUACAUAAAUAUUUCACGUUUGCCAUCCAAAUUAAUUUUCUUUCUUAUCCGCCACCAACUUUACGAAUCGUUUCGCCGUUAGUCACCGGCCGUUAGCCUCUGUUAGCUCCGUUAGUUUUUUGAUGACGUGGCAAACGGAACAGCUGACUAGACCGUUAAGUUAAUGACAUGUUACUUUUAAAAAAUAAAAAAAUAGGCAGAGGAGUGGGCCCACCUUCCCCUUCCCCAUCUUCGUCCUUUAACUUUAACUUUACCGGCGUCGAACUUGUCGCCGCUGCAACUAGCAUUGGUUUUCCGAUCUUAAUUGUAAUUCUUUUCUUUCUUCCCUUUUCAUCGCAGCGCAGCCCCUUCAUUUUCAUUUGUUGCCUGCCAACCCAAGAACACUCACCCUUAGAGAUUUCUCUUCCUUGUAAUUUCUCUCUCGACAAUCUCCCUCGCUCCUUUCCCUGUGAAAAUGAAGACGGGGUGAAUUGAUUUGGGAGAAUCCCAGAGACCACGCCACCUAGGAAUAAUGGACCACAUUUCUAGUCUCACCCUAAGCUUCCUCCUCCAGCUUCUCACUCCUCAAGGCGCAAUUGGGGCCACAUUCACGUUCUCGAACAUAUGCGAUUUCAAGAUUGGCCGAGGAUUCUGGCUAAUGCCGGCAGCCCUAAGCCCGGAAGCACCGGAUUCAAGCUUGUGGAAGGCUCAACCCGCUCCUUCCAAUCUCCCACGGACUGGUCGGGGCGAUUUUGGGUGCCAACCGACUGCACAUUCCACGACUCAGGCUCUGGGUCCUGCCGCACCGACGACUGCGGGACGGGUCUCGUCGAUUGCAACGGUCUCGGCGCCGCCCACCGCCACACUAGUCGAGUUCACCCUGGGAACCAGCGUUCAAGACUUUUAAGACGGUCAGGGCCCACUCUUCUGCCUAUUUUUAAUUUUUUAAAAAUUAACAUGUCAUUAACUUAACGGUCUAGUCAGCAGUUCUGUUUGCCACGUCAUCAAAAAACUGACGGAGUUAGCGGAGGCUGACGGUCGGUGACUACAGAGAAACGGUUCGUAAAGUUAGUGGCGAAUAAGAAAGAAAAGUAAUUUGAGUGGCAAACGUGAAAUAUUUAUGUAAUUUGAGUGACCAAAUGUGUAAUUUAGCCCUGCCAAAAACAUAGAUUGGGAUUUCCAGCAUUGAAUCUUUUGCAGCAUGUUAUCCUCAAUGUAACAGAGUGACUCAUGUUUCGAACGAGAAAUCCGAAUGUGAAGGCCAAGAUAGGUAUCAUGAUCACCACUUGGGGAGACGUCAAGAGUGGAAAUUAUGGAUUGGGCCUCCGCUUGGGAGACAUUAGCACUGAAUGAGAUAGUUGAUUUCUGCAAGUUGAUUUUCUGACCACUCGCUUGUUGAUAAGAAGCAAGCAGCGAAAGCAAUUUAUGAUAUUUCUGAAUGGAAGCUCUCAGGAAAAGAUAAGCAUCGCCAGAAAAGAAAAUAUGUGAGAGAAUGGGACAACAACGAUGUAUCAUGAAGCCAUGCAGAAAAUUAGAGUGCACAACCUGAUUAAUCAAUGCAGAAAAUCCUUUAGUAAACAAUGCAAAGAGCAAUAGAGAUAGUGGAUCCCUCUAACAAAUACCAUGAUUAAGCUGAAAAUACUCAUGAGGUGAACCAUUGAUAAGAACAAAAUAGGAAACAGUAGAGGCACAAGCCAUAUUCAUUGUAACAAUCGUAUAGAUUUAAUAUAUUAGUUAAGAUUAAAAUUUUAAGGGUGAA